UGUACAAUACUUAAUAUGAGUGUUAUUGUAAAAUAUUGACUUAAAAGUUGUAUACUCGGGUAUACCAUUGUAUUUCAUGAUACAAAAUUAUUUAAAAUACUUAUGCAGUGUAUAUUGCAUAAACAUAAUUAUUGUAGUUAUCUUCAUAUUAAGUGAUUUUUAUUUACUGAAUUUGGACUAUUCCUCCUUCUCAUGUUUAACUAAUGCAUGCUAAUAUUUUCAAUGUGAGAGUGAAUAUUUAGAUAAAAACCAAAAUGAAUGAAGAAAGCUUAGUUUUUCGGUCUGGUAUUGAUCAAGAAAAUUCUGAACACAUGCAGGAGGUUAGAAUUAAUGGUUCUUAUGAAAAUAAGGGCAAAGAAAUUAACGAAAAACUAGGCAAUGAUGAAAAAUCACAAGUUGUGAAUAACGAAGUAGAAGAUGACAUGAAUGUAAAUAUUAGCAAAGGUGUCCAUAGUACACCUCAACAAAAAGCUGAAUCUGAAAGGAUACUGAAUACCCCACAGAGGGUUCCCGUACAAACAUGUAUAAUGGGUGAUGUGUCACUAACACCCACACAUAGAACUUUUACACCACAAACCAAUAACCCUCACAAUGCAAUGGUUGCCAUUACUCCAAUUGCAACUGAGACUAGUCAAGCAAAGAGUAGUAUAAAGUUACAAAAUUGUGUUUCAUCUGUGAGUUUGGGGUGUGAAUUAAGACUUUUAGAAAUUUAUAGUCGCACAAGGUUCUCAGAAUAUAAUCCCGCCAGAUUUCAAGGUGUUGUGAUGAAAAUACUUGAUCCUCGGGCAACAGCUUUGGUUUUCAGGUCUGGAAAAAUAGUAUGUACAGGAGCUAGAAAUGAACAUGAUUCAUAUAUCGCUGCUAGAAAAUUUGCUAGAAUUAUUCAAAAACUAGGAUUUCCAGCUAAAUUCUUGGAUUUUAAAAUACAAAACUUCAUAGCUACAGCUGAUCUUAGAUUUCCAAUAAGGUUGGAAUCAUUACAACAGGCGCAUGGUCAAUUUUCAUCAUAUGAACCUGAAUUAUUCCCUGGUCUGGUCUAUCGAAUGGUGCGCCCCAAAGUUGUAUUACUCAUAUUUGUCAAUGGAAAAAUAGUUUUCACAGGUGGAAAGACAAGAAAUGAAAUAAGUGAAGCUUUGGACAUUAUUUAUCCAAUUUUACGAAGUUAUAGAAAAAAUUGAUGAAUUCACUAUAAGUCUGACUUGAAAAUGUUACUUUUAUUUAAAAAUAAUUAAAACAAUGUUAAGAAUUUUUUUUUUUUUGAGGUUUAUAAAAGCAUAAUGAUUGUUAAAUGUUGGCAAAGUAGACUUAAGGCAUGGAAUAGACAUGGAAACUAUAACAUAACUAUACAGCAAACUUUGAGAUAUUCAAUAUGACCAGAUAAAUAUCAUGAAGUGAGCAUAACUAUAGGCAAAAACUAU